AUGAGCGGCUUUUUCGAGCCCUCAACGAAUGUGCCACCGGGCCAUAUGAACGAUCCUGGUGGCUAUCAAAUGUACAACAAUCAGUACAAUAAUGGCCAGUAUCCCAGGCUCGGUGGACCCAACUCUCAUUUUGAUGGUGUCGCUUUCUGGUAUCGGCCGGAAACGCAGGAACCAAUAUAUGAACGCGAUCCUUCGCUGUACAAUCAAGCCAUUGGCCUUCCACAGAACACUAUGGAGGCCACAGGAGUCAAGCAUCGGAGAACGAGAAGCGGCUGCUUCACCUGUCGGAGCCGUCGGGUCAAGUGUGACGAGACUAGACCAGUCUGCGAGCGGUGCAGAAAAGGUGGUAGAGAGUGCGAGUUCCCGCAACCAUCGUCGUCAUCGUCAUCAUCGUCAAAACGUACCAAGUCUGAAGCGAAAAGCCCAACCACAGCUUCCAGGAAGCACGAGAAAAGCGACAGCAAGGAAUCGACAGGUCUUCCAUUAGAGACUAUUAAGGAUGAGGAUGAGGAUGCAAGUGAGCCGCCCAGUGCCGCAAGCACCUCAUCCCGAAGACCAACCCUCAGCAAAGUUCGUACCGCUUCUACACAAUCACUGUCUCGCAAACAACGCUAUAGGCACGGAUCCGAACCAUCACCGACCUUCAAAGACAAGUCAAGCCCGCAAUCUGCGUCCAGUUCCAGCUCUCAUUCUCGAGCAGAGACGCCGGCCUCAUCAAUGACUACUGGAGCACCAUCAGCUGAUAUUCAGGCUCGACAGGCAAAGAUCAAAAGCCUGAAGCCCGAUAUACAGAAAUACUUCCAAUUUCAGCAAGACCAUCUUACCUACUACCACUACUUCUUCAAACUCGACCCCACUGACUGGAUCCAUAACGACUUUAUUGAGGAAGCCUUGUCGUACGAACCUCUACUCUAUGCCGCUGUCGGCUUUGCCGCCUAUCACUACGAAGUGCGCCAACCCGAUGCCAAACUCGGACAUUUUCUCAAAUAUCACUCACGUGCGAUUUCUUUGCUGCGCAAGUCAAUCGAGUCUUCGCAGCCUCUUACUCCUACGUUACUACUCACCGUCCUUCAGUUGGCUACGUUCGAGGAAUGCCUCGGCGACUGGGUGAAUCUGGUUGCGCACCAUCGUGCGGCUCAUUCCAUGUUGACCCAACUCUACACACCAGAGUCGGUUCAGGCCACGUUGACAGGGCGUAUGCUAUUCACCUGGUUUGCGCGAAUGGAUGUUAUUGCCUCGCUGAUGGGAGGUAAAGAUGCCUCGCUGCCACGAGUCUGGUACGAAGCCAAUGCCAUCCAUGCAGAAUCACAGAUUGACACAGACCCUGAAAACGACGUCGACAUCGAUGGGCACCUGCUCGCAUUUGUGGCCAGUAACCGCCUCAUCGGCUAUGAUAUGGCGAAGCUCUAUGCGCGGGUACCGACGGGUGAUAUUUCUCUCGAGGAGUUGCAUCUGGAGAACGACAAGAUUGUAGAGCGCUUGCGGAAGUUCAAGUCCAAUAUCGAAAAACUCAACGAUGGUUAUUAUACAGUCCAAGAAUUUCCGGCGGCGAACGACUGGCCCCUGACCGAUGCCGACAUCGUCGAUCCUUACAUCCCUGGUGGCCUCUUUCGGGAUGCUCUGUGGCCCAUGAAUUUCAUGUGGAUCGACUGGUACGCCAUUGACAUGAUGCAGCGCUAUCAAUUAUCGCUCAUCCUCCGCCAACCGGUCCCGGAAGAAAUGGAGCGGCUGGCUCUUGAGCAGUGCCGCAUCUACGAAGCCGUCGCACGCUGGCCCGAUGCCCCCGAGGGCUCGAUCCUCGGCGCGCAUGCCUCAAUUGCCCUCGCCGCAGUGUUCCUGAAAAAGGAUGAACGCCAUACCAUGUGGAUGCGCCGGAAGCUCGCAAACGUGGAGCGGCUGGGCUAUGUUUUUCCACCGCACUAUCGUUCGCAGAUGGCGCGCGUGUGGGGUCUCACAGCAGACUUGGUGGGCGAGGACGAAAGCGUCGAGGGCUGGUGGCUUCCCAACGAUGAAGGCAAAUUGCCGAUCCUCGGCGAGAUCAGGAAGGUGGUGAGCGACAGGAACAAGGCUGGCGAGGAUAGCGGGAUCCUCAACAAGGAAGUCGAGGAUGUGCGUGACAUCAAAGCCAUCUUCGCGAAACUGGAUUUACGGACCCAGCACUCUCGGGCAGGGGCGGGUUUGAGGUCCGGGAGCUUCAACAGCGUGGAUGAUUUGUCGUUCAGUCCACAGGAGAGCGAAGGGCAGCGGAGUGAGGUGAGUACGGCUAUCGGCAGUCCAGCAAGCGCGGCCAGUGCGAAGGAGGAAGGAUGGGAGAGGUGGGAGGGAGCAGCGAGUUCGGCGCCGGAGCCCACCAUCAAUACUACUAGCCGCGGCGAGGAGCGGACGAAAGAGAAGGACGAAGCCAGCAGCAGCAAAGCCAAGGAUCCCAACCGAAUGAGCGGGCUCUGGUCCUAA